AUGCCUCCCGUCUCCAAAACAUGUCAGAGCUGCGCCGAUUCUAAGAUGCCGGCGUUUAAGGAAAGAAUGUCUUUAUCGCCAGACUGGUCGCCGAUUCAAAGGCUUCCAAAAGGAUCGAGAAUUGCAGCUCUGGAGUCCAAAAUUAACGAGCCUACUGUCGACCAAGUGGGUUUAGGCAAUACAGAACACUUCGUGCCUUUAUCCGAUGGCGAGUCGGCGAUCAAAGAUAUCAUCAGUCGAGGCGUCCUUGACGUGGAAACGGCCGAACGAUAUCUCAGCAACUUCAAGACCAAGAUGUUACCUCACUUCUGCUUUGUAACUGUGCCCCCUGCUGUAUCCGCCAAGCAGCUCCGUCAAAAGAAGCCUUUCCUUUUCUUAGCAAUCCUCGUGGCGUCUUCGUACGAGAACAUGCCAUUACAGCGGGCGUUGGGACAUGAGUUCAAGAGCCUCGUUGCAUCGCGCAUGGUCGUGGGUGGAGAGGUCUCGUUUGAGUUGCUUCAGGGGCUGUUGGUUUUCCUCGCAUGGUCACACUACCACUCCAAACCACAGCGAUAUACACAAUCUCUUCACCUGGCUGUGAGCCUCGUCGUUGAUCUCCGUUUAGACCGUCCGCCGCAGACAAAGAUGUGGAAAACGGGAUUGCGCUUCGGGCCUCAACAUGACUCGCAGGACAAGACACUGACACGACCUUCUUGGGGAAGAGAUGAGCAGAGGGCUGUCCUGGGCUGUUACUACUUGUCCGCUUCGGUUGCGAUGCUCGUGCAGAAGAUAUCAACUAUUCCGCGCCUCCCCUACUACGAAGAAUGUUGCAAGGCACUCCUCGAAGCCAACGAGCAUCUUCAUGACAAAUACAUGACCUACGUGAUACAGCUCCAAUUCAUCGCAGGUAAAAUCGACAAUCUCUCUUCAAAGCACACACUAGACUUAGAAAAGCCUGGAUCGGGAUCGGAGCUCUACAUCACCAGUCUCAACUCCGACCUGGAGGUGUUUCGUCGUCGUUUGCCUUUCGAUAUCUACGAAAGCCGCAUGUACAGAGCUCUCCUUGCUAUUCAGUACCACGCCACCGGGCUCUGUUUGUACCAGCUAGCUCUCAACAUUAGCGGCCAACACUCUCAACCGCAUUCAACUUUUGACCCUGUCUCCCUCUCCUUGAGAGACGAAAUGUCAAUGUCGGCAAUUGUUUCAGCAACAUCAAUUCUCAAUCUAUAUAUUGAUUCCCCAUCCAAUGAAGAAGUCGGGUUCAACAAUACACAAUGGGUCCAGAUGGGGGUUGCCUUGCUCGUUGCCUAUCGACACACUGUCGCAGCCGACAAGCCCGACCAAACAGCUUCUUUCCUCAGUACCUUGUCAAAACUGGAAUCGAGAACCGGGGCAUUGUCUACUGCCAGCGUAGAUACCAACGGAGCGCGAGAUAUCUUCUUCAACUUUGAAAAGCGUGUAGUUCAGAUCCGGCGCUGGGUCGAGGAACUCAAUAAAAGACAGGAAGAAAUGUCUCACGCUCGCACCGACGCAUUCCAGCAACAGCAAACGCUAUAUUCUGACCUGAUUGAUUUUGACAUAAACGGGCUUAUGCGGGCCACAGGACAGCUCGAUGGCUCUUUAUGGGAUUCGCUGCCAGUCGAAACUUCGGCUUCGCAAGUUUUCGCUGGAUUUUCUUAUGCGCCUUCCAUUGAGCAAAUGAUGGGCGAUUGGGUAUGA